AUUACACUGCAACUCAAGGAAGGGACUCCAUUCGAGCCUUGUUGUUAUUAUUCUGAGCUAACUGUCAACCAGAAAGCCACCUGUUUUAAACUUAAACGUCAGCAUGUCCUCAGACUUUGAAGCCUACGAGCAGGACUUUGGAACCAUCACAGCAGAAGUAACUAACAAAAUUGGCAGAAUUCCCAAACUAAGUGGAGAGGAGAAGACACAGCUGGUUCUAAAUGUUGACAAACAGCUUGAAGAAGUCAGAGAGUUGCUGGAGCAGAUGGACCUGGAGGUGCGGGAGAUUCCCAUCCAGAGUCGAGCCAUGUACAACAGCAGACUGAAGAGCUACAAGCAGGAAAUGGAGAAGCUUGAGAAAGACUUUAAAAGGUCACGUAUUGCCUACAGUGAUGAGGUGCGCAACGAGCUCCUGGGGGAUGAUGCCAGCUCCUCUGAGAACCAGUUGAUAAAGUUACGUGAAGAGAGAGCGCAUCUGUUGGACAACACAGAGAAGCUGGAAAGGUCAUCACGGAGACUGGAGGCCGGCUACCAGAUAGCAGUAGAAACCGAGCAAGUGGGUCAGGAGAUUCUUGCCAACCUGCACACUGACCGUGAGAAGAUCCAGAGAGCCAGAGAAAGACUGAGAGAAACAGACGCCAACCUGGGCAAGAGUUCUCGCAUCCUUACCGGAAUGCUGAGAAGGUAAGAGGCAGGAUCAUCCAGAAUCGAAUCCUGGUCUUCAUCCUUGGAGCCAUCAUUCUUCUCACCAUCAUCCUGGCCAUCUAUUUCAAUCUGCGAGGCCACUGAUCUCCCCUCUACACACACAUCCGCACCCCCCCCCCCACCCCAAACCCCUGACACAAAUACAAACACACACACACGUGAUUAAUAGCGACAAAAGCGUUGUUCUGCUGUAAUUAGGACAAAUGGUCCCCAUGAAUCACUGUUUCCAAAGCCUGACAGGGAGCUUUUUUCCAUCUCUUUCUCCUUUCCUGUUUGCUGUCUCCUUCUCUCUUUCUUUCCCUCUCUUACCUUUUUUUUUUCUCCACUUUGCUUCUUUCCUUUCUCUUUCUUUUCUUCUUUUUCUUUUCUCCUCUUCAGCUUUGUCCUCUCUCUGUCAGGCUUUCUCUUACAUCUCCAGGGGCAAAAAUGGGGGGAGAUGUUUUUAUGAUAGCUAAAAUUUUUCAUGGUGUCAUCCCCAGUCUGGUUUUGCAGCUCAUCCUGUCCCCAGGUGAACAAGGCCUGGGGAUUUUUUUUGUAACUCGAAGAAGAUUCAGAUAUGUAUAUUAUUUUUCUGUGAUGGAGGUGGGUCAAGUGUUAUUCAGGGUGGAUGUGUGCACGCAUGACAGACAGAGGGAAAGACAGAUAUGAGAGUGUUUUGCACAUGUAUGCACGUGCAUGAGUGACGGUCAUGGAUUGGGGGACCCGCGCUGUGUUUUUUUAUAAACACCAACAGUAGACACACAUACUGUCGUGUGUGUGUGUGUGUGUGAGCUUCUGUAACUAAAUGAUUCAGCUGUUCUUCAUGUAGCCCCCACACAGCACAGAGGACAGUGCCUUCAGAUAAGAUAUUGCUGUUCACACUCCUUCUUUAAAAAGCUCGGCAGAGCCCAAAAUAGACGAGUGGCGAAGCCUUGAGAAGAGGAUGCACAUGAAAAGGUUGAGGUCAGUUCAGUCAAUCAAGGUGAAAGUUCAUUUUUAUUAAGAGGAAGCUGUUUAUUUUGAGUUAUAACAUUGAAGAACAGAUGUUAGAACAUUUCAGGAGAGUUUGGAGACCAGUCAAAAUAAAUCAAAUUUACUCUUAAAAUGUUUUUAAUACAUAAAGGAACUGACCCCAAUUCUUGACACAUACAUUAGAGAAAAACUAACUUUAAUAUCCCCAUUUGGUAGAAUUGCCCUGCACCUCCCAAACACCGAUCUCCUCAGCUCAUCCCCAUGGACUUAUUAACAUAACUGUCAUUGUGGAAAAUUAUAGGCAUCAUACUGUAUGUACUAACAUUUAAAUCUACAUCAUGUAUAGUGUUUUGCUCUCAAUACAAGUGAUUCUGUUACUAUUUAUUUAUAAAUGCAUAAAUGAGUUUUCAAUUAAAGUUCCUGUGCUAGAACUGUAUAUUUUAUGAAGUUUGUAGGUAUUGAGAAUUAACAUUAACUUUUUUUUUUUUUUCUUCUUAAUUUUGGGUGUUGAGUGAUUAGACAAAAGCAGACUGCGCACCAGGACCAACGGAAAUGUGUGGAUUUCUAGUUUUGUGUCUUAAAGGUUUUGUUGUUUUUUUUUCCUGCUCUUAUAAAUGGAUCUAACUUGUUUUAGAACUGGUACUUUUUGUUCUAUAUUUUCCUUGUCAAGUUCUGAAGACUGUGAUGCAGUCCUUGUUUCUGUGUCUGCGCUGAGUGAUGAUGUGAUACAUUUGCAGGUGUUUGAAAAACGUGUGCAUGAGUUUACUGCUGUUUAAUUCUUCAGGGGAAAGCCAUUCUUCAGGGGGUCUUGGAAAAUCUAAAUUUAAAGAGCAUAGUUGGUGAAUUUGUUAAGACACAUGAAGCACGCUACAAACACACAAACACACACAUACACACACACACAGGAGUGGAGUAUUGAAGUGUGCAUGUUUCUCCUGUGGUCGGUGUGGCGGUUCCUGGCGAGGACAUUUGCUAUUCUGUUUUAGGGCCACGGUCUUCAUUUUCGAAGAUACUAUACCCCCCCACCUCCACCCCCACCCCAACCCCAACCCCCUCCACGCACACACACACACACACACAUACCCCCUCCUACCGACCACCAUUUCACAGGCCCUCACCAGCCGCAGCGCCACAGUCUGCUUCAAAGCCUCAAAUUAAUGGCCAACAAAAUAGUGUGCCUCUGACCGUCCCAUGCGGGGCGACCCACCAAGAGUUAUCAUUAAAGUCAAGGAAUAAUGAAAAAAGGAAGGAAGAAAAAAGGAGGGAGAAGGAAGUGAACAUGGAAUCAUGGAGGUGGGGGGUAAGGGUUGGGGUGGGGGGGUGGGGGGGUUGAAAUCCCUGGCAGUUUGACAAACCUCAUCUGGUAAUGACCCUCAGUGAUUGUUUUUUCACCCAGUGCACAAUGUGUGUGUAUGUGUGCGCGCGCACGUGCAGCCUACCUACGUGACGACGUGUUCUCUUCUCGUCCUCUCUCCUUCUGUCUCUCUCUCUUUUCUCUCCCUCCCCAUCCCUCUUUCUCCUCCCCCUUCUCUCUACCUCUCCUGCCACCUUUCUCCUCCUCCAUGUCCUCCCCUCCUUCCCUCCCUCCCUGCCUGCCUGCCUCCCUCUCCCUCCCUCCCUCCCAGCCUGUCAGAUGAGCGGAGCGGUAGGUAGCGAGUGAGCGGUGGAAAGCAGCGUGGCGGCGGCUUCUAUUUGAAGUUGUAAUGGUGUCAAAAAGUCAGGGCUGACUGACAGACGUCAGUCCCACAGGGCCUCAUUAAAAACAGACCCACUUGACAAGGAAAUAAUUGAGCGCCGGCGACAACUCGGGGGCCCCUCCGCGUUUUUAGAUGUUUUUAUUUUCUUUUCAUUAUUAGCGCUGAGCUAUUAUGUUCAUUAAGAAAUGGCAUUAAAACAAGUUUUUAAAAGCGGGGAGAGAGAGGGAGGGGCCGAGGGAAGGCAGGAUGCAUGGAGGUGGAGAGAUAACGAUUUGUUUAGAGCCCCCGUCCUGUUUUAUUAUUUAAACAGGAGCACUGUCAUGUGAUACCUUGGCAGACAUCGGCUAUCAUCUGCCUCUCUUCCCUUCCCCCCUUUUUCUUCUUUUUUCCCUUUUACCCAUCCUUCACUUUUCUCCCCAGCUUUUAUCUUCUCCUUCUCUGUCCAUCUCUCUCUUUCUCCACCUCUCCAUCUUUCUCUCUCACUUCAUCCCUUUCUUUUCUCUCCCCCUGAGCGGCGGGUGUCGUUGGAAUAUGAACUAGAUUAUUCAUCAAUGCCCCCAUAAUAUCCCCCUCCACCCCCCCCACCCCCCCCCCCCCCCCCAUUGGCUGAUUUGGUUUUCGACAAGCGUCUCGCCGCAGAAGGCUGAGGAUGAAAACUUGUCAAAAAUAGGUUAUAUCUUAUUCCAAGGGGCAACAAUAGCAGCAGGUACAGACACCUUUUAAUAUUUAAUUUAGACGGGUGUUAACCCUCCUUAAGUGACUGGAGCUGUGUCUUCCAUACAGACACCAAGAGAGAAACACUAGGGGGGAGGAGGUGCGAGCAAAAGAGGAGAGCAAUUAAUUAUUUGAUGUCUGAAAAGUGAUUUUGAAGCUCUCCCUGCCUUCUCCUGUUUGCCAGAAAAGGGAUCGAGUCGUUGGGUGUCCCUGUUCAUUCUCUAAACCAACCACGUCCUCAGCCUGGCUGUCCUGCGAGAACUGAAACAUUUCCACUCGAAUCACAUUUAGAUCCUUCGCUCGGCUGCGCCUUACUUGAUACAGUAACGAUAACACGAGUGAUCAUAUAGGGAUGGGUUUGGUCUCUUUAUUUCAUCAGCAGAAAAUAUUUUCCAGAGGAAUUAUCUUUUACCCCAAACAACUUGCGUCAGUCUGUCUGGCUAACAUCCCUUGUGCCUGGCUCAGCAGUCAUUCCUGUUCUCCCUGGUCCUUUCUAGAACGUUUACAUAGAAGUUAAAAAAAAAAGAAGGUUCUUCAACAAGGAACCUCUGUGAUGCACCACCAUUACAAAAAGCCUGAUGUUUGUCAGCCAUUUAGGACGACAAGAGAUUGUGACAAGCGUCGUUUGAGCUGUCUGUCCCUCGGUGAAGGGCGGGCCUUAAACGGGAUAAACAGCUCCAGUGGUGGGAACACUACAGGAGGGUGGGCACUUCAGCUUCAGCUCCAGGAGUGUCCAUGACGCUGCCACCCCCCACCCCCCACACCCACCCCCCGUCACACACAUGCACAUAUUGAACGAGGCCCUGCAACAACAGCUACACAAGGAAAACCCACAAUGGCACUGUUUGAGAACUACAAUGAAUCUUCUACUGUUUGAUUCAGCACACAUGGGCGCUGUUGCACGUAUGGUGGACACCCCACCUCCCCCACCCCCCUCGAUAAAAAGACAUACACAUGCUCUAGUGUACGGCUGUCAAAAGAGGAGCCAUGUUCUCCCUUUGUACACGCCACCAGUCCUAGCAGAAUGGCUUUCUUUCUCUCCCCCGGCCCUUUAUCUGUCUUUUCUUUCGCACCCAUCAGCGCUGUCGACCAUUUUAAUAGUGUUUGUGCUCACAAAGGAAUGACAAUGCCCCCCAUUAUUUGAGGAAGUCACAGGGGCUACAGCCAUACAUACAUGGACCGUUUGUGUGUGCAGGAUGUGUCCCCCUCUGUCGCUGAGAUGGAACUGGGGUGCUCGGUUGUGAGGUUAUGUUGAACUGUCUGUUUGCGCACGUAUCUGUUUGUGUCUGUCCGUAAUGUCCAUUAUGACUCUUUUUUUUUUCCUGUCGACCAGGAUCUGCAGUACAUUUUGUUCCCCUCAAUUCAAGCAAUCAGACUCUGAGCUGCUCCUAAAACUAUAAAUAAUGACUUUCGUGAUCUCUGUCAGUGUCGGUGUUGUUCAACAUCUGUCAUUAAAGCAGUUCUGAAUCUCA